AUGCAGCUGGAGUGCGUCAUUACGCCCACUCCGGCAUCUCGGCGGACCAAGUCCCAGCUGCAGAGAGAGCUCGAAGCCUUCAGAAGCCGCGCCGAGCGGCAGGAUCGGGAUGAGGGCAGUGGCAGCAGAUCGAAUAGCCCCACAGGGCAAUCCGGGGUCGAUGUUGAUGGAGCUUCGGCUUCGGCUUUUGUCCCUUUUAUGGUUGCAGACGCGGUUUCGGCUCCCUUAUUUGUUCCAGUUUUGACUCCAGCUUCAGAGGGUAUAGGUGCCGGUUUACAGGCCCAAGCAUCUCCCUCAAUAUCUACAAGAAGCAACAAUCUCCAAUCUUCUACAUCGCAAAAUCAGGCUAUCGAACCUCUGACUAUUUCUCAGCUAUUUGAUGGACAAGACGUCGCCGGCCGUAAAAUUCAAGACUGCUUCAACCUAUUCUUCAGUUUAUAUGCUCCAUUCCUUCCAAUAUUUAACAACGCUGUGAUCAGUCCAAACCAGUCCUUUGCACAGUCACCUUUCUUGUCGUGGGUUAUUGUCUAUAUAGGCAGCAGGCAUUAUGCUGGCGAUCCAACCUUGUUGGAGCGACUUGCCGCAAAGAUUAACUCAAUGGCAUUUGCAGCGCUAGAGAAACGCAACAACCCUAUGCAGACAAUACAAGGCAUAUUGCUGUUAUGCCAGUGGCCAACCCCGGUCGAUACCAUGCACAGAGGCAUCAGCCUUGUCCUAGCAGGCGCAGCCCUCCAUCUCGCCAUGGUAGUUGGGUUACAUGUCACAGGCGUCGGACAAGAUUUCGCCAGAACAAUACUCAAUCGCAAUAAAUUCGACAGAGAUAAUCGACGCAUGUUAUGGAGACAGUGUUGUAUAACUUGCUAUAUAAUUGGGCUUGCUGAAGGGAUCAUGCCAUCGGGCCUAAAUGAUGCACUCGAUUUACCGGUUCAAUCGGAAGGAGAUGACGGUGGGAGCGGCUGCGAGCUUGACUCUCCUCAAGAAACAAAAGUCCAUCUCAAAUUGUGCGAAAUCAUGAUUUGUGCAACUGAGGCCUUGAAAAAGGCGCACAGCGGAAGCGACUCCAAAAGUUCUUCGUCACUGCUCUCUUGCAUUAGUCUUUUUGAUACACAAUUAACAAAAGCCGCAUUGCAAGUGCAGACAACUGUUGAUUCCAUUUAUUACCAGUGCUAUCGCUUAUAUCUGCUCGCAUAUCACUUUCUUGUCGAUGCAGCCUCUCGAAAACCCGAAGGCUUCCUUUCUCUCUAUGUUGUUGCCUGCAAUCUCGUCAAUACCGUCUGUCAGCGGUCAGAAGCAGAAGAAAGCGUAGCGAAAAUUGCGCCUGCUUUCAUCCAGAAGACCAUUGUAUUAGCAUCUUGCACAAUCUUGAAGAUUCAUCGCAGUGAACUCGCGCCCCACUUAGAUCUCGAGGCAGGGGAGCAGGCCUAUUUUGCUUCUAUAGUCUUUUCACGCGAGGGAUCUAUACAAAACAACGAUCUAUGUGCCAGGGGUGCCACCAUAUUCAGCCAGCUAUGGAACAGUCAGAAGAUCUUCAGAGGUAAAGAUGGCAAAUUGGAUAGCUUGAGCAGCCGUAUAUCGAGUAGGCUAUCUACGAGUGUUGUCUUCGACUGCCUUUGGUGGUGGAGACAGGAGUUUGGUGGAUCAGGGAAUCCCUAUGAGAAUAGGCGACAAGCCCAAGUUACAUCUUCGAUGGCGAAUACCAACGACAUCUCUCUUGAACAGCGAGCAGCUGAUGCGACUAGUAGUGGCAACACUGACGCUCUAGAUGCCCAGCAGACAGCUCCGCUAACUGAUGAGCCAUUUGUUGACUUUGACUGGGAUAUAAGUCUGAACCUCAAUGAAUGGCCUUUAUGA